CUUCUCGAAAAUGGGGUUUGAUUCCUUGCAGAAAAGCUUUAAUUUCCCAGCAAGAAAACUAGUGAUUAGAGCAGCUAGAGCCGAGUCCAAAGGCGUCUCUCUUGGUUUCAGAGCACCCCAUUUUGAGCUUCCGGAGCCGCUUACGGGUAAAAUGUGGAAAUUGGAGGACUUUGAACCGUAUCCUGCUUUAUUGCUUCAAUAAUUUCCUUCAACAACCCAACAGUUGAAGCAUGUCCUGCCUGAAAGAUCACCGUGUUUCUCAGCCUCCAUAUAUGGAAUAUUGUAGCAGCUAGGCAGAGUCUCUUGAGUUGGUGCGCAAAGGAUUUAGAAGUCCAGUGAGCUGCAAUCCAUGCUAAUUCCUCCUCCCAAGUAUACUUACGUCUAUAUGUCAGACACAUCACCUGCACUUUCUUCCAAACUGCCCUUGUUAUGUUCAUUUGCAAUCACUGCCCCUUUGUUAAACACUUGAAAAAGGAUAUUGUAAAGCUCUCGAAUUUCUACAUGAAGAAAGGGCUUGCAGUAGUAGCGAUAUCAUCAAAUUCUACAGUUACUCAUCCGCAGGAUGGACCUGAAUUUAUGGGAGAAGAAGCAAAGCUAUUUAAAUAUCCUUUCCCAUAUCUGUAUGAUGAGACUCAAGAUGUUGCAAAAGAUUUUGGAGCUGUGUGCACACCUGAGUUUUUCCUUUUCAGAAAGGACGGGCGUAGGCCUUUUGAGCUAGUGUACCAUGGCCAGUUUGAUGAUUCACGGCCAAGUAAUGAUGUGCGGGUCACAGGAAGGGACUUAAGCCUUGCAAUAGACUGUGUUCUUAGUGGUCAGCCAGUGUCUUCAGAUCAGAAACCAAGCAUUGGGUGCAGUAUAAAGUGGCAUCCCAAGGCACAGCUGUGAUUAUUCCUGCUGGAGUCAGCUUUUAUAAGCUGAGAGUCACAUGCAAGCGAUGCUAUAAGGGAUCUGUUCACACUAUUAGGACCCUUUUGUCUCCAUCACUGUGUAAUUUUUUUUUUUUUGGGUGCAGAGAGACUUUUUAAGUAGUUGAUAGUGUUGAUGGAGGACUUCAUACUUUAGCAUAUAUUUGUAAAAUUGAUUUCUGAUGUACCCUUUUAAAAGUACCUUAGUUUGUGGUUUUGACAGUCAAAUCAUCCGAUGCAGUGAAGAGUGAGUGUGAGAAAACCACAUUUGUAUGACUCUGCUAUGUUGUACGUGGGCUCUUUAUUCUCCUUGCAGGGAAGUGCUUAUCAACCUAAACAUCAGAUGUUAUGCAUCCUUAGCCAUUGAAGCUUGAUAGCUUACUGUGACCUACCAGUGGGACUGAGAAGUUUUGCCAUCACAUGCCGAAAAGCAACGCAUCUUUCAGAAGAUGAAACUGUAUCUCCCUUUAUCUUUAGUGAAAGCAAUGUUGGAGGAAUUGGUAAGGUGUGAUGGUCCAUUUGGUUCCUACUAAUUAUAAGCUCCAUUUGCUUCCGGCCAACCAAGAUUUCGUCCCUUUCGUGUCUAUCCCAGCUCUUCCCCAAAACAACCCAUGGGAUUGAUAGCUACUUCUCCAUUUCUGGGACCCAUUGUAAAGUAUGCAUGUUUAACUUAAUGCAGGCUUGAAAGAUGUUUGUAGCUGCUGAUAGCGACUUCCUUUAUUCUGAAUCAUUGUAUGGAUAUUAUUUCAUUAUCUUAGCCUUCUGGUUUUGAAUAAUUGAUGUAAAUUCACCAAUGACAGAGAUAUGCUUGCUUAGCCCUUGAUUGA